CGCCCCGCCCCUCACAUGACCGCUAGCGAGGUUUUUGUCGCGCCCGCUCGCCCCGGCCGCUCGCCGUGCCCCGGUGUCCCCACCGCCGGCAGCAGCAGCAGCACCGCCGCCAUGGGCCCGCGCCGCUCCGCCGCCUCCUCCCGCGGCCGCCUCCUCCUGCCGCUGCUGCUGCUCGGCGUCUCUGGUUUUUUCCAGUCCUAUGCAGUUGAAGUAGAUAUAAAGGAUGCUUCUAAUGCUACAUGCCUGUAUGCAAAUUGGAUGAUGAGGUUCUUGAUAACAUAUGAAUCAAACAAUGGUGAUUAUAAAACCACAACCCUGAAUUUGUCAUCGAGCGUGACACACAAUGGAAGCGUCUGUGGCAAUGACACACAGGCUGCAGUUGUGGCAGUGCAGUUUGGAGAAGGUCAUUCUUGGAGCAUUAACAUCACAAAAACCAAUGAAACUUACCAGGGAGACUUCAUCACACUGACCUACAACACCAAUGACACAGCUGUAUUCCCUGAUGCUAAAAGAAAAGGACCAGUUACUGUUCUUAUGAAGGAUCCUGCACAUCCAGUUCAGCUGAAUACUGUCUUCGUGUGUCACAAUUCCUUCGUUAUUGAAGAAAAAAAUACAACACAGAUUUUCUGGAAUGUUACUGUGCAGGCUUUUGUUCAGAAUGGCACAGUCAGUAAAAAAGAGACUAGAUGUCCUGCUGAUACACCUACUUCUGCACCUACUGUUCCACCUACUAUUGCCAAUGUCACUACUGCAUCUACCACUACUUUGUCUCCUGCUCCAACAACUGCUCCCAAACCUGUGGAGAAUCCAGACACGGGAAACUAUUCUCUUAAAAGUGGAAAUAAAACGUGUUUCCUGGCAACUGUGGGGCUGCAACUGAAUGUUUCCCAAGACAAGCCUCUUCUGAUCAACAUCAAUCCAAAGACAACUGUCGCAGAUGGUGCCUGUGGUAACACAACAGCCACUCUGAAAUUGAAUGAUGGAAAUAGCACACUGAUUGGUUUCACAUUUGCUGUUAAAAAUACAAGUGCAAGUGUACAGAAAUUUUAUCUGCGGGAGGUGAAUGUUACUCUGCUCAACCAUCUGAAUGGUUCUGUCAUUUCAAGUGCAGAUAACAACAACUUAAGCAAGUGGGAUGCUUUCCUUGGUAGCUCUUACAUGUGCCGAAAAGAGCAAACCCUUCAGAUUAAUGAAAAUGUUCAAGUACAUACUUUUAAUCUAUGGAUUCAGCCAUUCCUUGUGGAGGCAAAUAAAUUUGCUACAGCUGAAGAAUGCAUUGCUGAUUCUGACCUGAACUUUCUUAUUCCUGUCGCAGUGGGUGUGGCACUUGGAUUCCUUAUCAUUCUUGUCUUUAUAUCUUACAUCAUUGGAAGAAGGAAAAGUCGUACUGGCUAUCAGUCUGUAUAAUCUCUUCAUUCCAUCUCUGUUGCCCACCUUGCCUGUUCUUUUCCCUUUCCCAGACUUCCUGGCCUGCUCCUUAAAAAAAAAAAAAAAAAGAAAAACAAAUUAAUUCAAGGUUUCUUUAUUUAAAGAAGUUCAAAUCACUUCAUGGCAGAAUAACAAUCACUUCAUGACAGAAUAACAUGCCAUGAGUCUGAAGAUGAGUUGCAGAAGCUAUUGUAUGACUUUGGAGUAAGUAAGUGUUCUGAGGACCAGAGAAUUGAGCAGAGUUGGUGUGUCCCUGUGGGAAAUGUGAUUAUCUUUAGUAAAGAAGACAUCUACAAAACUUUCUGUCAUUUAAUCUUUUUGUACAAGAAAAUUUCUAGAUGCCUACAGCUUGUCUUGGUUAAUGCUACAGCUAAAACUAUAAUUACAAGUGUGAAUGCUGUGUCAAAAGGGACUGUACAUGCAGUGGGAAAAUGAAUACCUAGCUCUCAACAGACUUCUGUUGGGAGCUUGGCAUAUGGCUGUUCUUGUGAAUCAGCCUGAAUUUCCUAUUCCUUCUAGAAUGUAAAAGUAGUACCUGAUCUCACUAAUACCCUGACAUAAUGUGAGAAGAACAUCUGAUUCUUCUAGUGAAUUAAUUUGUUUAACAUCAUGCGGAGAAGCUGACUGCUAAUGUAGGUUGAACAGCUUGGCACUACCCUGGUGUCUAAUUUGUCAAGAUAAGGUUCAGGUCUGGAGAACUUUGGCUACUCAGAAAAGGCAAGUCUGCUGAAGGAAAUGUCUCCUGUGCUGUUUUGUUGAACUGCAUUUUCCUUUUGUUCUGAGCUCAAUUGUGAAAUGAGGGUGGGAGGCUGGAAUUUCACGGGCUGCAGUUUCUCUCAGCUUUGAUUCUGAACAUAAAAGAAACUACACAGCGUUGGUCCAUGUGAGGACCAAAAGUAUUUUGAGAGCACUCAGGCUGACUGAGAACACAGGUUGCUCAGAGAUUCCUGCAGUUCUUUUGGACAGCUUGCAUAGGUUAACAGGGCAUCAGUGAAAAGCUGUGAUCUCUGAAAGCAAGUGGAGGUAUGAAACCUUUCAGGUUUGAUAGAAUUAAUCUGCUUUUAACCUCAUUACUGCUGUCUUAGUGUAAGAGCACAAAAUUUCUAGCAUGAGGAAUGCUGAUCAUAAAGCAGAAAUGAAUAUAUGUAUAGUGAAGAAAGUGACUUCCAAAGGAAUAAGAGCAUCUUUCCUGUUUGAAGAUGCUUUCUUUGUUAUUACUGCCAUACCUUUGCAAUUCUAUGUUCCAUAUCUAAACAUACCAAAAUCGAAUUUAGUCAUUCGUGGUCACGUUCUGCUUCAUUCCCAUUGGGUUCAUGUUGAUGGAAUGAAAGAAGCCUCUUGCUCUUCAAACCUUUUUGGUCCAUCUUGGCAAAAGCCUUUUGCAGCCAAUAAACCCUGGGAGCACACAAAGUUUUGUCCUCUGCAGCAAGUGUUUACUAGAGCUGCUUCAAUAUUUAAUCUCUUUGUGCAUUGACCCUGUAUCCAUGUUGUGGGGGAAGCACCUUCAGUAAUUCACAUACACAAAGGUGACAGCACUGAUGUUUAAGUAACUCACAAUAGCUGUGUAUUCAGGGAAGGGAGUUUUCCAGAGAGUUCUGAUAUUUGAGAAAUACCUGUGUAUGCAAUUAUUCUUAUCCUCACCGUGACCAAAGAUACACUCUACCUGAUUCUGACAAAAGUGAUUCCAUAGUACAAAUGGGCUCUCUCUUGGAACAAGUUGUCCUUUUUUUUUUUUUUUUUUCCUUUUUUUUUUUCUUUUUUUUUUUUUUAGGAAUGUAAUUCAAUGCUGCUGAGUUGGACUGUGUGCUUUGGGUUUGGUUGUCUUGGUCUCUUGUAUUGUACCUUUGCUCUUGCAAUACUUGAUUUCCUUGCUAGUGUUAAAUGGAAUUAUUUCAGGUGGCAUUUUAUGAGUACACCCACUUGUCAGUGUGGUGCUUCUCUGCCACCAGCAGAUGGAUCACAGCUAUGAUUUCAUGCUGAGAUUGCAGACUGAAGUAUUUAAUAUCACUUUUGCUAGGCUAUCUUAGUGAAAUGUGGUCAUUUCCUAGAUGCUAACACAUACAUAUAUAUAUAUUGUAUAUACGUAGAAAGUAUUAUUUUGAGCUUCAACAGAAGUCAAAAAUUGAUCCAGCACUUUAAGGUUGUUGCAGCAUGAAGAGUGGUGUGUACAAUUUUCCAGAUCUUAAAAUGACUGUACAAAUAUGCUGACAGCAGAAUAUGUGUAUGGAAAAUAAAGUUAAUUAUCGUGUUUAUUAA